AUGGCAAUGGGUACAUUCACAAGCAGUCCAACGACUGCGUUCGUCUUUAUUGUGUUGUUGAUGCUUAUCGCUCUGCCUGGCAAAGCUGAAGCAUUCGGUGCAGGAAACAUCGCUUCUAUAUCGACCGUCGAGGGCAAGAAUUGGCGUCAUGGAGAUAUUGAGGACACUAUUCAAGCACUUGCUUUCAUUCAUGGGCACAAAUGGACCUCGGCCAUGAUCAAGCGUGUCUACUUUGGCAAUUGGCUGCGAGAUUACUCUCAGGCUAUGGAUGUUGGCACUCUCAAGAGUCUGCAAGCUGAUACGAUUCGGGUUCUUGUCUGGAUCCUUUCAUUUAUGACAUUUGGCUAUGCAACCGGAGAAUUUGAGGUUACUGCCGACAGACUCGGUGUUUAUCGUCCGGAAGAGCAUAUCGACAAUCCCAAAGAUUACGCAGAUAAUCAAGACGCCAGACAAUUUGAUAAGCGUUUGCGUCCACCUGUCCGCCAAAUUGAACUCGACAUUGACCCCGAAACCGGCAUGAAGAAUUACAUUGCCAACGAAAAAGGUGACUGGGCCACAAGCGCAGCAUACAUUAAGUACAGCAUAUCUCGAAGCAUUCACUACGGCAGACUAUAUACAAGCGGUGGGUCUAGUAAAGGCAAGGAAGAUGAUCUCUUCGAAGCUCUUAGGUGUCUGGGCCAAGGUCUCCACACCCUCGAAGACUUUGGCGCUCAUUCCAACUACUGUGAGCUCGUCCUCCGAGAAAUGGGUUUCCACAAUGUCUUUCCUCAUGUUGGUGCUGCGACAGAGAUCCACCUCCACGGGAAGCGCGUCUUUCCUCUUGUGACGGGCACAUUCGGAAUGGUGGAUUUCUUCCACUCUGUCCUCGGCGAAGCAAAUGAUCAUUUCACCCAAUCUGAACUCAACGAGGCGGACAACACUUUGCUCGGGGCCGAGUCAAACACACAGUCCCCUGCUAUCAACACAUUGACGGGGCUUUUGGGCAAGAUUCCGGGUACAAAGGAGCUUGUUACUGAAGCCGAAGAAUUGCAGCAACGAUCUAAUAUGCAGGCUGAGGCUAAUCGUCGUCGAAAUGUGCAUACUGGGUAUGCCUCUUCUCGAGGCGUGGAUGACUUUCCCAGUUCUCGUGGUCUAGAAGAUUAUUCUACCACGGGUUUUGAGCAGAGCAGAGCACCCGUUGAUGAUUACCAGUCAAGUCACUAUGGAGAAAGAGGACCUGCAGGCGGUAAUUACGAUUCAGGUCAUUAUGACCAGAGCAGAGCCUCGUCAGGUGGUGCCUAUCAACCAACCAAACCAACUCAACCGAGCAAAGUCUCAGGCUUGCCAGAUAUCGAUCCCCAAAAGACCAUUGAUCAGAUCUACCCUAUUCUCGAAUUCAGGGAUAAAGUGGUGCGACGCAUCAGCUCAAUUGUCGAGAAAAUACCCGGCUUGGAAAAGCUAAUUGAUAAGAUCACCGAAACAGUGACGCUAUUUGUCUUUUCACUCCUAGCACCCUUUAUCCGCCCUCUCAUCAAUGUGGCUUCUAAGUCUCUGCAAACGGGUUCGAUGGGAGUCGUUGAAUCCUCAGGAAAACAUCAAUACGAAGUGUGGGACAAUCCUCAGUGCACGGAUCCCACCCACUCCAUGCUGUCCAAGGAUCACUUUGCCAACAUGCUUAACCAGCCUGCCGGUCAAGUUGCUGCUGCUAUCCUGAGAUACGUCGUACCCCGUAUUUUGUAUGCAUGGCAACACAUCGAUGUCCCUGUGGAUCAAGUCACCCAUGACUGUCUGCAGGUCUUCCACCAUCCAGCUGCCAGAGAUAUGCGUAAUGAAGCCCACAGCGCGAUGUUCAAGGCAGUUGAGGACUGGGUUCACUCCAGAUCUGACCGCGGUCAUAAUUUGAACGAUCUACUUAGCGCAGAGAGUGUUAGGGCAGGCAAGAACUUGACUAAUCAUUCUUCUACUACCGGCGGUGCUCAUGGCCAUUCCCACGGCGGUGGUGGUUUUCCUGCUGUCAGCGGUGGUCUCUAUGGAGCUGGCGCUGCUUCGAACCAACAGCAUUCCUCCUCAGGAGCUCCAUGGGAGGAACUAUCGAAGCUGAACAUUAACAUUCCUGGAAUGUCUGGCGUGACUAAUGUUGCUAACAAACUCGGGGGAUUCUCAAAAUUCCUGUCAGGAACUGGUUUAACUCGGGAUGCCCCCGAAGAAACACCAGCACCGAGCCACAACACAGGAUACGAACCGCUGCAGCAAUCAUAUCAGCAUGAGCAGCCACAGCAUCAGCAGUAUCAACAUCAACAAACCGAUUAUGCUCAGUAUCAGCAACAUUCUGCACCGCCAGCCCCACCGUUUACUGGGAAUGAGAGCCACCAGAGUCUGGGGCCUAUGGCCAUGAACAAGGGUAUCGUGAACACCGUGAGCAUCAAGCCUCGGGGCAUCGCCAUGGCCAUGAGCAUCAACAUGAACAUGAACAUGGACAUGGGCACGGUCAUGGCCGUCACCAUGACUAUUAGACAGCACCAUACUUCUAGCUAG